AUGUCUGAAAGUCUCCGAGUUGCAGUAUUGGGACCUAAGGGCCAGUGUGGAUCGUGCGUCGUGGAUGAACUUCUGGCCAGAGGUCACAGCGUGGUCGGAAUUUCUCGUUCGCCCCCUAAGACGUGGGCAAAGUCCGGAGAGUACAAUGCAAUCUCAUGUGACUACAGCAACAUCAAAGAGCUCAGUACAAUCUUGUCCGAUGGAAACUUCGACGCUGUCGUAUCCGCCUUCGCCCCCCCUCUGGUUGACAUGAAGGCCGUGUACCGCGUGGGCGUGGAGGGCCAUGGCAAUAUAAAAAUGGCUAUCCUCGGCUCAACUUUCCGCGGUAUUUUCAUUAUCAUUGGCGGCGCCGGAUCACUGUAUUUCAAGCAUGGCGUCCAACUGUGUGACGAUGAAGACUUUUGCUUCAAGCAUUGGUAUGCGUGGCCGGACGUUCAUCUCGAUUACAUGUCAACUCGUAUGUUUGAUCAUGGUCAGCGAGCAUUCGGUACAUUCAUCUCUCUAUUCAAAUGGGCAAGAGGGAAUGUUGAGAAUCCCGGCUACACCGUAGGCCUGAUUUUGUGCUCUCGGGCGGCCCUGACCAUGUGGGAAGGGGUCCGGGAGACAAAUUGGAGCUUUUUGUCACCCCCAUGGCAGUUGCGCGACAAGGGGAUUCGCACUGGAAAAUAUGAGGUCCACGUGGAUGACGGCGCGGGUUCUGCUGAGCCAGGAAUUGAUAAGGGAGUAUACAACGAGGACAUGGCGGUGGCUAUUGUGGAUGAGGUUGAGAACAACAAGCUGAACCACAAGCAUUGGACAUGCACCGGGCCAGUUGGGUUGAAGGAGUGGUAA